GAGCCCAGGCCCCAUAAAAACACCUGUUUGCUCCCAUCCUAAUCCACCCUAUAUAAGGACCAGGACUCGUUGAUCACCCUCAGUCGUUCCCAGAACGAACCAAAAGAAUGAAGGCCUUCAUUGUUCUCUGCUGCUGCAUCGCCACCACCCUCGCCACCACUGGGUGGACAAGUUGCGGUGGAACGUCGACGAAUAAUCAACUUGAGAUUUCCGGCUGCGCCCAGACUCCAUGCAACGUCGCACCUGGAGAUCAUAUCACCAUUACUGCUACCUUCACCUCAGUUGAGAAGAUCAACAGCAUCUCGUAUUGUGAAACAUUUGCAGGCGAAGUCUCCAACAAGCUGGAGCCGUUUGCCUUGAUCGUGGUGGCAGGUACUGAGUUGGAUAUCACGCAACAGCUGGGGAUAGAUAGUGACGGCUGCCAGCAUUUGACUACCGGGAAUUGCCCCAUCCAAAACGGGGAGAACCUCGUCUAUCACACCCCUGCCACCAUCAUCGAUAUCCCAGGAGUCUCCGGCGUAAGUCAAUACGAAGCCUGA